GGUGAGUUCAAUUUUGUGGAUGGAAAUCAAACAAAGCCAGUAUAUAUUGCAAAAAAUAUUCGAACAAACAUCAAACAUAAGUAAAGAAAUUCAACAAUGUACAUAUGUACCUGAUUGUUGUACAUAUGUAUAUUUCAGGAUACGCGGAUAAGGAUAAGGUGGUGAGAUUCAAAUUUUAUUGUCUAUCAUAUUAUCCUUUAUACUGUAUUUUUAACAUUCUGGGAGUUGUGCGUAAUAAUUUGUAUUUGAAAGAAAAAAUGGGUGCAGAAGAUGACAUUUCAUCUGAAUCGGUAGAAGCUCUAAAAGAACGUUUAGCCUCAAUGAAACGUUUAAUGGCAGACAAGCAAGCUGCAGCAGGAUCGAAAGGUGCAUCAGUCGAUGAAAUUCUUUUUAAUAAGUCCAGAAGAAAUGCUGUCAUAAUUGAUGCCAAUUUUCUGAGUAUUGCACUUUGUGGAGCCCUUGGUGUUAUUUUAUCGGUGGCAGUGUAUGCAUUCUAUUCUUUGUAUAAUGCAGUAUCAAAGAGAUUUCCAUCUUCUCACACUGAGUUGUAGAUAUACCAUAAAUGAAAUUAAAUAAAGCGGACUCAAAUAAAUUGA